UCUCGUCACGUGACCGGUAAAGUUGGGACGACAGAAGUGCCAGUGGGUGGAAAAUAGCGCAGCGGAUAGAAAACUUCCGGAAAAUUGUUCUGGAAAAUACGAACUUCUGGUGGUCUUCCGAAGAAUCUACCUUGAAGAACCGAAGCAGAGGGAUUUCUCCGACGGUCGAGCUGAUUUCUGAGGGAAUUUGAUGCCCAGAAAUAAAGUAAUGGAAGACUUAGUGCAUGUUGCCGAGCAACUUAAUCCCAGCAUGCAUUGCGAGCGGUGCUCGCGACACUGACCCAAGCAUGGCACUCCAACGUGACCUUAUGAAACCCCGUGUUGUUAAUUAUGCACUAUUAGCUGACCUUGAGCAGACCAUUCCAAAAAGGCCGCCUUACCCACGGGAAGGGCUCGACCACGACCCGGCGCCACCGGUCCCCCCGCCGCCUGCGCCCGGAGCGAUAAACGGGACAGCUGACAACGGAGCAGACUUUCCUCCUCCACCGUCAGAACAACAGUUAGCAGACUCCCUGCAUGAAGGCCAGUUUGCACAUGUUAGCAACUCGCAUGCCUCCUCCCCUCACAACCCAGGGCCUCCCACCUCACCAGGUCCUGUGUACCAGAGUUAUAACGUGCAGCCCCAGCUGCAGUACCAGCACGCCCCCCAACAGUUCGCAGCCUCCAGUUAUGCACCGAAGCCCUUCCAGCCCAAGACCAUGAGUUCAUCCCUCAACAACAACCUGUCCGAGCUGGACUCUCUCCUGGCUGAUCUGAACGCAGCCCAGGGGUCUGGGGACCUCAACAGUGCAGCAGGAAGCUUACAUGUGUCCACCUCCCCUCCCCACGGCUCCCCGGCCAACAACAAGAAGAUCCCUCCGCCCGUGAAGGCCAAGCCAAAGAAGGGGAUCUCUGACAUCAGGCCUGACGUGGACAGUCUGCUGGAUGAGCUGCAGAACGCAGUUCCAACAGGAGCAAAUUCUCCCGGCCAGAGAGCGUCACCGUACAACGACCACGCUCCCCAGCCGCACGCCGCGGUGAUUUCCCAGGCUCCCCCGCAGCACGCCGCACCCUCGCCGGUCUCCUCCGGGAGCCAGGCCUCCCCCCGGCCUCGCACCGCCUCCUCCGCUACCAAGGAGCUGGACGACCUGAUGGCAUCCCUGUCUGACUUCAGGAUGCAGAGUACUCAAGUCACACAUGUACAGCCUCAGCCCAUGCCUGCAGCUCCUGCUGUAGUUGAGGAUGCCUACGCAACCCCCAACAAGGCCCGGAGCCCCACUUCCCCCAGCCCUGGGGGUGGGGGGGACUCCCUACCCCGGGGGAGCCAGCUGGACACCAUGCUGUCCAACCUGCAGUCAGACAUGUCCAGACAGGGUGUGCAGACCGUACAGAAGGGCCAGUGUGCAGCCUGCAGCAAGCCUAUUGUCGGACAGAUUGUCACAGCCCUCGGCAGGACAUGGCACCCUGAACACUUCACCUGCAAGAACUGCAACGGGGAGUUGGGCACCAAGAACUUCUUUGAGAGAGACGGGACCCCCUUCUGUGAGGAGUGUUACCACAACCUGUUCUCCCCCAGAUGUGGCUACUGUAAUGGACCCAUCCUAGAUAAAUGUGUGACUGCGCUGGAGAACACCUGGCACCCUGAACACUUCUUCUGCAACCAGUGCGGCCGCCCCUUCGGCCAGGAGGGCUUCCACGAGAAGGACGGGAAGGCGUACUGUUACGAGGACUACUUCGACAUGUUUGCUCCCAAGUGCGGGGGCUGCAACAAGGCCAUCGUGGAUAACUACAUCUCCGCACUGAACGGCCACUGGCAUCCAGGCUGCUUCGUGUGCAGGGAAUGCCUACAACCCUUCCACGGCGGCAGUUUCUUCGACCAUGACGGACAGCCGUACUGCGAGAUCCACUACCACGCCAAGCGCGGCUCGCUCUGCUCGGGAUGUCAGAAGCCGAUCACCGGACGCUGUAUCACCGCCAUGUCCAAAAAGUUCCACCCUGAACACUUCGUCUGCGCUUUCUGUUUGAAGCAGUUGAACAAAGGAACAUUUAAAGAGCAGAAUGACAAACCCUAUUGUCAUCCCUGCUUUGUAAAACUGUUUGGUUAGACUAAUGUUGGACGGUAGGACAGGGUUGUAUCGUUGUUAAAAGAACAACAAACAGAGAUGGUUAGAUAGUAUGUACUGAGUUAGAAUAUAGUCUGGAGCAUUAACCAAUCAGACUGCUGCUUAUUGCAAAUUGAGCCCUAUCUAACCCGUGAUUGGCUACUUAAUAUCCAAUCAGCAAAGAGGAAACAUUGCUACUAUCAGCCGAUGAGAGAGAUUAUUUUCAAACAUGUAUAUUUUAGGUACAAUUUUGCUUGAUUCAAAAUAUGAAAUUCUGCAUAAUCUAAUUUUUGUUUAGGCCAAUAAUUUCCAUGAUGACUAUUUCAAUCCAAAUAGGGUAUAAAUUUUGAAACAUAGAAUUUAAAAUGACAAGAGAAGAUGUUCAGGAAAACAUAUACAGGGAAUUGAAUAGAAGAAAAAAAAGAUUUAAAAAAAGACACAAAUAUUUAUAAGGAUGGGUUGAACCAUGCAGUGUUGAAAGGGGGUUACCAAACGUUUGAUAGGAUAUAUUCUUUCUUGUCUUUUUGUAGUUGUUAAGGUUAAGGACCUGGAACAAUCUAUUUCUUCUUGAGGGGUGUAUGCUGUGUGGUGAGUUUGGGGAGAUGGCUUGUUCUUACAAUUCUUAAGGAAAUAUUCCUCCAAAGUCUAAAAGCAUUUUGAUUGGUUAACAUGGUAGUUUAGGAGUACUCUUUGACUAAAACCUCUGCUCCAAAAGAAGACCAGAGCUUCAAUUCCUAUUAAGCUUACCGAUGCAGACAAAUACAGUGUACAUUUGCAGUUGUUUUUGUUCUGCCUUGUUGGAAAUCCAACUAUGUCUGAUUUGCCUUUGAAGCUCCAUCCUCAUGGUCUCAACCAACUUCACACAAAUAAACCUCACUGUAUAAUAUAUAACUGCCUACUUUACAAGAGAUAUCACUGAUAAUAAGUAAAGAAUGAUUUCCUACAUGUACCGUACCACAGAGCAUUCAGAGUAAAGUUAAGACAAAAGGUACUGUAGAGGCACUUUGACUUAUUAAAUGUUCAUUGCAUCUUAUUCAUUUAUUCAAUGACAUACAUUUAUACUCUAACAUUAGCCAGUGUUACAUAUUGUGUAUGGCCACUACAAUUUGUUAGGUAAAUGCUUCUUAGGAUACCGUACUUACCCACAUAUCAGGUUUAUUACAAUUGCUAAAAAGUGUAUUAAUUUGGCUGUCAGUAACAUCUCUAUCUAUAAACUUUGACUGUAUGCUUCGUAAUGCGAAUCACGCGAGUAUUACGCCUUAUUUCUAAGUAUGAUAAUAAAUCUAUAGGAGAAAUGUGUACAAGGUUGCAUUAUAUAUGUAUGUAUCAUUUUGGUUGCUUGGUUUGUUGGCUAUUUAUGUUGUAUAAAAAUCCUUUUUCCCAAUAUAGUUUAUUGUGAAUAAUUCCAACUAAAUGUGGUAGGGUCUUAGCAUUUAGUUGCAUGGUGGGUUGUAUUCAUGUGUAUACUGAGAGUGAAGUGGUACAAGGAACAGCCAUAUUAUGAUCAGUUAGCUGACAUCAGUUUAAUUGCCGAUGCUUAGUUUAAAAAGAAAUAGCAAAACCUUGCAAAAUAACAUGAAAAUAGGGCCUGAUUUGAAAGACUGUACCCUGGUACACAGUUUCUGGUAGAUACUAUUGUCAAAUACAAGUUCAUACUCCUCCCAAUUUUCAGCUUGGCCACUUGCAUAAUUCUUAUUCUGUAAUGUCUGAAAAGCUAGAAAACAAACUGAGGUGGCCAAACUUUUGUCAAAGUAUCAUCAGUGUUACAUGUAUGCUGUGUAGCUGAGGUAUAAUUGGGAUAGAGUUAUGCAUACUGUUAAUCAACAUACACGAUAAGUAUGGUGUUCUCCACGCUAUUUUUAUGACAACUUCCAUGUGUAAGAAGCAGGUGUGAGUGUAUGAAAUGUGGUAUCUUGCAGCCAUGUUGGAAUUAGAGGAAGAACAUACAUUUUUGUAGCAAGAGCACUUACUUAACUGAUAUGACAUCUGAUCCGUAUUUUAUACCUUCAAAAUGGUGAUUUCUGAAUUUCUUGUUGGUAUACAUGAGUGUGUGCAUACUGACUGUUGUCCUCUGGUAUACAUGUAGCUGUUGUGAUGGUUGUGUUAAUUCUUACAAUUGAAUCAAGAUUCCACACGUACUGUUUAAGAGCAUAUUACAAUGACAAUAUGAAUAUCUGUCUUCUAUACUGUUCACUAGCUUCAACUCACAGAAAGAUAACCAUCAUGCUGUCACCUGCCACUUAUAUUGAUUAGUUCUGCAUUGACACUGGGACAGUUAAUUAAUCUCAAAGUUUGUUUCCUUUCAUGCGUGGCUUCCAUAGUUAGCAAGAAGAAGAUCAUUCUGCCAUAAUUGUACUUGUAAUUUUAUUGAGGCCUGAGUAAAGGAAAUGACAUGUUGUAUUCUGUCAUGAUUUACAUAAUGUAUGUGCUGUAUGCCUGCUAGGAUGCUGACUUUACUGUCUUAUUCACUUGUCCCUCCACUCCAAUCAGAUCCCUUUCAUUAAAUCUAUUCUGUUACAUUU